AUCCGCUCAAGUCUGGUUUCUGUCGCGUACCGUGAAGCACGCGCGCUCGCCCCGGUAUAGUAUCGUACACUCGCGUCCGUCGCCGUUCCGUUUUGCACGUGUCGCUCGCGCCCGUCCGCUGCUGCAGGUGUGCGAUACUGUUUGUAUAUACAAACACCAAUACAAUUAGUGCACUUUUGGGCCGUCACAGCAUUGCACGCAAAACGACGACGACAACAAUAAUAUAAGCCGAUGGUGCACCGGGUUAGCGUUGGUCGAGGAAUGGUACGCGAUAAUUAAUCCGAUCGGAAAACUAAUUUACUUACUUACUAAGUAUACACAGUGGAGUGCUAACUUUGAUUGGCACCCCGGGGCAAUCAUAUUUGAAGCCAGUCUUACACUUGUCACUAGCCGAUGGAAUCGAAGAUCGAGCAGUAUCGUCGUGUAUAAUCAAUCGGCCCCGUCAUGGCUAACAACACAGAAAAAUGGGCAGAAGAAGAAGAGCCCAACUCGUUUCUAUUGGGCGAAGACCGCAGUGCGCAGCCAGGGUUCGUCAGGCAGAACCGCCGGCAAUCCAGUAAUGUUGGAGUUUUUAAAGAUGACAAACGAACGGAAAAGACACAUGAAGAUCCAGUUUCUAUGGCCAUCGGCGAAUUUGGCCGAUGGCAAGCUAUGCUUACUUUAAUUUUGUCCUUGUUAAAUUUGCCUUGUACAUGGCACAUAUUCGUACUAACGUUCCAGGGGGCAGAUACGGACUUCUGGUGUACACCGCCGCCGGGUGUGCUGAACCGGAUAUCUGUAGAUCAAUGGAAAAAUUUAAGUGGUUUAAUCCCCGAAUCACCAACAAACAAUGUUUCAGUAUACGAUCCUUGUCAUUAUCGUGACUUAGACUACGAAAGAUUACUCGGUAAUUUUAGUUAUGGAGAAUUACUUAAAAAAAAAACAGAUCAAUAUGAGCUUAAAACGUGCACUUCGUGGCAGUUCAAUACUACUGAAUUCGGCGAUACAAUCACUUCUGAAUGGAACCUGGUUUGUGACCGAAAAGAAUUAAAAAACUUUGCUGAGAUGAUGUUCUUGAUGGGUGUUGCUUUUGGAGGUUUCUUCUCGGGACUCGUGUCUGACAGAUUUGGUAGAAAGAAGACGUUGAUGGCUUCCUUAAUUAUGCAGUUGGCUCUUGGUAUUUUAGUCGCUAUUUGCCCUUGGUUUGAAUUCUAUCUGGUAUUGAGAUUUAUUUUGGGAUUUGUUUGUGUGAGCAUCGUCUUUAGUGGUUUUGUGUUGUGUAUGGAACUGGUCGGUGGUAAGUGGUUGACAAUCGCUGGAGUUCUUUACUUGCUUCCAGUUCCAAUGAGUUACAUAAUCAUAUCUGGAAUCGCAUACAUCUGUAGAGGAUGGAGGUUGCUGCAGUGGUGUGUCACGUUACCUGCUGUAUUUUUCUUGGUUUUGCAUUGGUUUGUUCCCGAAUCACCGAGAUGGUUAUUGGCCAUGGGCAGAGUGGAAGAGACUAUGGAAGUCUUGGAAAAGGCCUCAAAAAUCAAUAAGCACCCCUUGCCAGUGAAUAUGGAUAAAAUUCUUAAACAAAGUAUUAACAAAUUCGAAAUUAAUGGCAAACCUAAAGUACGAGUUUCUGACUUAUUUCGUACCAAAAAUAUCAGAAAAAUUUCUCUUGUUUUAUACAUUCUUUGGUUCAGUCUUUACUUAGUGUACUAUGGGCUUGUACUUAACCUGUCCAACAUCGGUGGAAAUAUAUACAUUAAUACUAUAAUAUCAGGUUUGGUUGAAAUUCCAGCAAUAUUGAUUAGUGUGGUAAUAUUGCUUAAAAUGGGUCGAAGAAUUCCAUUGUGCCUUACCAUGGUAGCUGGAGGAAUUGCGUGUUUGCUUACUACGAUUCUACCAGCAGAUACGGAUGAGUGGAUAUCGCUAUCAUUGGUGAUGGCUGGCAAAUUUUCCGUGUCUUCGUCAAACGUUAUCAUGCCUCUCUACACAGCCGAAUUGUUUCCAACUGUUAUAAGAAAUUUAGGAGUAGGAACUUCUAAUAUACCAGCAGGAAUCGCACUUAUUAUGGUACCAUACCUAUGGAAUUUAUCUCCGUUGAGCAAAGUUUUACCGUUAUUGGUACUGGGAACAGUCAGCGUCAUUGGUGGCUUGUCUGUACUCAUGCUACCAGAAACAGGCAGUUAUCUUUCUGAUACAUUAGAGGAAGUAGAGGACUGCAUUAGCUCAUCAAAUAAUACACAGAAAAAGUACAUCGAUACAAUAAGUAGUAACGUACAAAGUUCACCAUCCGAGAAAGAAUAAUUCCUUCAUAGUAGACAUUAUACGGUUAAUUAUUUGUUUAUUCAUUUGUCUUCCUAAUCGUUUUAUUACGUUUUGUUAAGUAUUUUAAAAACAUACUUUUUUAUUCAUUCAGUAUAUUUCUGUGAUAAUUAUCUAAAAUUAUAGUUGAUCAAUAAAUCAACGAAAGCACGACACCGAAAAACUAUAUUAUGUUAAUAUAGUUUUAUAUAAAAAAAAAUAAAAAUAGAAUUUUGUAAGUUCUUGUGAAUAACUGGACUGACCUUGUCAAUUUUUUUUUUUUACAAAUUAUUACCUAUGGAUAAUAUAAAAUACAUUGUUGGACAUAAUUGUUAUGUA